AAGUAGUUAGGUAGUUAAAACAACGUUUAUUUCAGCUCACUGAUAACGAAAUGACCGUUAUAACAGGAGACAGUUUAUUCGACAGCUUUUUGGCAUUAGUUACGUUUACACUAACAUUUGUAGUCUAUUACAAAAGGGCGUUUAGGUAUUGGAAAAACAGGGGCGUACCGUUCCCUAAGCCUACAAUCCCAUGGGGCAGCCUUCAGUCUUACUUCACACCGAAAAUGUCCAUGGGCGAUGAGUUUGCGGCCAUUUAUCGCGAAACCCGGGAAAAAGGUUUAAAACAUGUUGGUUUAUUUACCAUGACAUCUCCACUUUACGUGCCCGUUGAUGUUGAGUUGGUAAAGCAAGUUUUAAUAAAAGAUUUCCACUAUUUUACCGACAAAGGUAUUUAUGUCAACGAAAAGGACGAGCCAAUAGGCGCACAUUUAUUCGCCAUAGGCGGACAAAAGUGGAGAAACCUAAGGAGCAAAUUCACUCCGUCUUUCACUUCUGCCAAAAUGAAAAAAAUGUACAAAACUGUGAUAAACGUAGGAAAUGCGAUGGAAAUGCAUCUAAACAAAAAAAACUUACAGGAUCCCGUUGAUAUUAGACAAAUUUUAUGCGACUUCACCAUAUCCACCAUAGCCACCUGCGCCUUCGGCUUGAAAUGCGGAGACUUCGAUAGGCCGAAUCCUUUCGCUGGCAUGGCCAAAAGGAUGGUCAAUCGAACCAUCAUCGACGAUGUAAAAUUCGCAAUAGCGGUGAAUUACCCGAAUUUCGCCAAAGCGAUCCGAUUGACUUGGAUACCGGCUCUCAUAAAGGACUUUUUCACGAGGAUCGUCGAAAAGACCGUGAGAUAUCGGGAGGAAAACGGGAUUGUCGUGCCCGAUUUCUUGCAGUCUAUGAUCGAUUUGAAGGGAGAUCGUGGGAGAGAGGUUUUAGGAGAUGGAAAUUCGGUGACGAUGGAGGAAAUCGUAGCCCAAAGCUUCGUGUUUUUCGUAGCCGGAUACGAAACUAGCGCCACCACGAUGUCCUGGACGUUGUUUGAGCUGGCUCAUAAUCCUGAGUGUCAGGAUAGAGUUAGAGAGGAAUUCACGAAUAUCCUGGAUAAAUACAACGGAGAAAUGACCUAUGAGGCUUUAAACGAACUGGUUUAUUUGAGGCAAUGCAUUGACGAAACUUUAAGGAAAUAUCCUCCCGUUCCGUACCUAACAAGAGAGUGCGUACGGGAUUAUAAAGUACCGGAAACGGAAGUGGUAAUCGAAGAGGGCGUUAAAAUCGUGAUUCCAGUUAGGGGGCUUCAUUACGAUGAGGAAUAUUUCAGUGAUGCAGAAAAAUACGAUCCAGACAGAUUUUCGGAACGCAAUAAGGAAAAAAUCAAGUUGUGCACGUAUUUACCGUUCGGUGAAGGUCCUAGAUUGUGCAUUGGUAAGAGAUUCGGCAUUAUGCAGACGAAAAUCGGAAUAUUUUACAUACUGAAAAACUACAGGAUUUCGGUCAGCAGGAAAAUGAAAAUGCCCGUAAAGCUUACGACUGCAUUCAUUCCGCAAGCGGAAGGGGGGCUGUGGUUGGAUUUCGAAAAAAUCAAAUGA